AUGUGAAAGAGAGAUGGGGAGGAGUGUGUGUGUGUGUGUGUUUGCAGAGUGAUUCGCUCAGUCUUUACUAGCAGUCCACUGGCGUGCUGCAUCUUUCCAUUAUCGUGCAGCGACAAGGCUCUGGGCUGAGGAACAGAAGCAGGAGCUCCGAGAGCUGCCUUUGUCCAUGAAAUACUAGCCAAGGCAAACCAGGAGCCCUUCAGCUGAACCUUUUUCAAGGGACGGGAGAGGAAGACCAGCCGGCCCAGCUUUCCUGGUGCAUUAGUGAUUUUUUCUCUCUCUCUCUCUCUCCAUCGCUCUCUUGGGUUCUCCUCUCCCUCGCUCAGUGGAAUGAGCCCUCUUUUCGCGAGUGUUGUUUCCACUCCAGGAUGGGAACUGCUGUGUCCAAAAGGAAAAAUCUAAGGAGUGAUGCGAUAUCGUCCGUGGCAGCCAAGGUUAGAGCAGCUCGAGCGUUUGGAGAAUACCUAUCCCACAACCACCCUGAGAACAGGAACGGCUCAGAUCACCUGCUUGCUGAGACGUUUAUAGGUCAGGAAUCAUAUUCCCCGGUCAGCCAGCAGCAGCACCAUCACCACCAUCAUCACCACAACCAGCAGCAGCAGCAGCAGCACCCCUGCAGCCCCUCCCCAGCAGAGAACCAGCCUCCUGCCCAAAACAAGCGUCGCCUGUCCCUCAUCUCCAACGGCAAGUUCGAUCGCAGCCUCUCUGAGAAGGAGCGCCCUGAGCCCCCGCGGGUCUACACCAUCUCCGGAGAGAGUGGGAUGCUGGGGGAGAGCCUGGAGCUGGAGGUGCUGAAGGGGAGCCAGGAGCUGCGGCAGCCCCCUGCCAGCCACCACGAGCACCACGACCACGCCCACCACCACCACCACCACGCCCACCACCACCGCUCUCACACCCACCACCACUCCCAGCCGCUGCAGAGCACCAGCAGCACCCAUAACAUCAGCCACGCGGGCUGGGGGGGCAGCAGGCAGGGCUCCCGGGAGUGCUCCAGCUGCGUCAGGGCCCCCCAGAUGAGCUCUCAGCACUCCUUCGAUCUGGAGCACCUGCAGUCCCACGAGGGGGCUCGCCAGCGCAAGAAGCUGGAGAGGAUGUACAGCGUGGACCGCGUGUCCGACGACGUUCCCAUUCACAGCUGGUUUCCCAAAGAGAACAUGUUCAACUUUCACACGGCCAGCACCACCAUGCAGGCGAUCUCGGCUUUCCGAGGCUGUGCUGAGAGAAAGAGAAGAAAACAGGAGAAUGAUUCAGCCGUUGUGAUUCAGAGAAACUUCCGGAAGCAUUUGCGGAUGGUGGGCAGCCGACGAGUGAGAGCUCAGACGUUUGCGGAUCGGAGAGAGAAGAGUUUCAGCCGGUCCUGGAGCGAUCCUACACCCAUCAAGACAGACUCCUUACACGACUCGGGAGAAAGUGCGGACCUGCAGGCAUCGUGCGGGGCGCUGGACGAGGAUUUUGAGGACCUGGACUGGGAGGCGGAGAAGGAGCUGGAGGCAGCGUCCUGCGAAGGGGACGACUUUGUGCCUCCCAAGAUCAUGCUCAUCUCCUCCAAGGUUCCCAGGGCAGAGUACAUUCCCACCAUCAUACGCAGGGACGACCCCUCCAUCAUCCCCAUUCUCUACGAUCACGAGCACGCUACCUUUGAAGACAUCCUCGAGGAAAUUGAGAAGAAGCUGAAUAUCUAUCGGAAGGGCUGCAAGAUCUGGAAGAUGCUGAUAUUCUGCCAGGGGGGACCAGGCCAUCUCUAUCUGCUCAAGAACAAGGUGGCCACCUUUGCUAAAGUGGAGAAAGAAGAGGACAUGAUCCUCUUCUGGAAGCGCCUGAGCCGGCUGAUGAGUAAAAUCAACCCGGAGCCCGACUUGAUUCACAUCAUGGGCUGCUACGUCCUGGGCAACGCCAACGGAGAGAAGCUCUUCCAGAAUCUCAAGAACUUGAUGACCCCUCACACCAUUGUCUUUGAAUCUCCUCUGGAACUCUCUGCGCAAGGUAAGCAGGUGAUCGAGACGUACUUCGAUUUCCGGCUGUACCGGCUGUGGAAGACUCACCAGCACUCCAAACUGCUCGACUACGACGACAUCUUGUGACGCGGAGGACUUUCCCACCGAGUCUGAAGGAAUCGGUGUGAGCUGGAUCCACGGGAGUUUUAUCCUGACACAGCGCUGAAGGGGUUUGGGAGUGCGCGUCCCACUCGGUUUUUUUUUUCCCCUGGAGAGCGCGGCGUCGUGUGCCGGAGCCUCCGUCUCUGUCCACACCCCGCCCCCUCCGAAUCAAACGCUCGUUAACAUUCCCAAAACGGGAGCGAGCUCGGUGCCGUGGAGCGGAGGAACAGCGCAGACUGUAGCGGGAGGGGGAGUCUGAACCCCUCCCUCCGAGUUCGUCCUUCAUCUUCGAGGAGUUUGUUUUGAGGCUAAAGAUACAGAGAGGUGGAAGAGGGGCGACUCAGGAGUUCCUUCAGGUCACUAGUGGACCUUUAGGGUUGGUUUGUUUGUAUUUUAAUAUAUUAUAUAUAGAUAUAUAGCUAUAGAAGUAUAUACUAUUUUCUUGUAAAAGGUUUCAUAGCUGCAGUUUUAAAGCUCAGGUUUAUAGAACUAUCUGGGAUAGCUGACUUGUUCACUGGUGGACUGCCCUGGUUUGAGGAUAGCAGGUUUGGUUUUUUAAGACGAAGGCGAGGCUGUAUAGCGAGGGGGGUUCCCUGGGAGGCUGCUUCCAUGACGGAACAACACCUUUCAUUCUAGUUGCAAUUCUGCAGUCUGCAAAUUAAUAUAGAUUUUCUUUUUUGUAGGCACUUAAGUAAAAAAAAAAAACUGUUAAUCAAUACUGAUUAGCUGCAAGUCUGUACGUGGUGCAAUUGAGACAAAUCCCCAUUCGGUAGAGGUUAGGAAAUUUGGUGUGUGUUUUAAAGACGUAGUUAAAUGUAGAUGUUUGGUAACUGUAUCUUCCAUUGGUAGCAAAGACGCGUGUUCUACAGGCAAGGCUGCGCAGGAUCCUCACUGCUUUCUUGGGAUUUCACUGGCAGGAUGCUGUUUUGAUUCUUGUACUGUUUUCCAUUGGCCCCCCACCCCCCCCAUCGUCCCCUGACAUGCAAACACUUUUACAAAAACUCAAAGCCUUUCCCCUGGUCCUAAAACCAGGACUUGCACCGUCUCCAUUGAAAGACAUAACAAUCCUACCUUCAUUUGAAUUCUGAGACCUAAUAAAAAAUAUCAAACACGUAUUUAUUUACUGAAUUUCUUAAAAUGUGGACUACAAAACCAAGAGCAGACAAACGUUUUGAACAAUUCUACUCAUAACGCAAACCAGAACCUGGACCUAAAUCCUGUUACCCUUCACACACGUCACCUUCACGUAAAAACAGAUCUAAACAAAUGACAAGAAACGAGGAUUGAGAAGCCCAUCAAUACUGAACUCUGGCUCCGUCCUUCGACCCCCCCACCCCCCUUCCCGUCCUGUAAGGAUCUUUACAGACAGGGUGGUCCAGGGAGGAUUGCUCUGCACAUGGUCAAUGGAAACACUGUGCAAACGCUACUGAAGGACUGGCCUGCCUGCUUGUAUGUUAAUAGCAAUAAUGUAGUGCUUUGUGUGCUCGUCAGAAGCCCUGGAUCACUUGUGCUAAAUAAGCGUGGCCUGACCCUGCUGGGAUAAUCUGAGGGUUUUCACUCAUCUCUCUCCACAAGGCUGACGUUGUUUUCUGGCCCAGAGGCUGGCUCUUUGGCCCCUGGGCUUUCCUGUUUGAUCAGCCAAGUCUGCAGAGACGAGUGUCCCCUUCUGCAAUCCCUUUGAUUUUUUGAUCAUGCAUUGUUUUGAAGUAGCUCUUCUGUGUUUGGUAGGAAUAACUCAGGUUUGAAAUAUCUUGACUGUAUUUGAAUCAUGUUUGUUUGUGUGCUAUUUACAAAAUGCCCCCCCCCCCGUCCCUUGAAAGCGAGGCUGCUGUACUGCCCGGUGCCCUCUCCUGCACACCUGAUUUCAUUAUUAUUUCUAUAAUGAAGGGCUCCCCUCCCCAUUGCAACCUGCCAGAAACCUACCAGUCUCAGCGCUGACAGGGGGAAGAGGAAGGGCUCUGCGCAGUGGAGGAUGCUGGGAGAUGUAGUUCAUUUAGCAGGAUUGGGAGGUUCUAAUCCUAAAACAAAUAUAAAGUGUCAUUACUGACACUGCAUUAACUCUGCAGUCACUGCUCUGUGCCAUAAUAACAGUAUUAUGACUUCCACAGCAAUCACAAGCCAUUCUCUGAAGACACUGUGUAACUGUGGGAGCUUUCGGUUUCGCUUGAUUUGAAUGGCUGUUAAGAACAUUUAUGAACAGUUAUGAACGGGAGACCUGGGUCACCUUCAAGGGGCUCCUGGCUUAUCGGACUGGACUGGACUGUUCUGACAGGUACACCGUAGUGGCUACCCAGUGUGUUCCACGUAGCAAUAGACAAACUGUGGUGAGAUUACGGGACGAUUUGAAACCUUUCUUUAUUCGUUUGUGUGCCAGCCUGUUCCUUGGGAAAUAUUUAUUCACAGAUAAGACAUUGUAGAGAGAAGGACGGUGGGUGUAGGGGCUGGGGUUGGGGAUAGGAGGAGCUUUUCUUUGCUUUUAUAAAAUAAGACCACGUAGGAGACCUACGUGGUCUUAUUUGAGCCCGUGGAGACCGUGGCGCGAUGGUGCAGGGUUCGAAUCCAGGUGCCUGCCCCCACGCACUUUCAGGUGUUUGUUCAUUUUGGCUGAACGGCUUGUUUGGGUCCAGGCUGGGUUUUUUUUCUCAUUACAACGACUCUCCGCUUGAGUGAAUUUCCGAUGCCACGCUGCAAACAACAGCGAAGGCGACUGAGCAAUGACUCUUCAUCUGAAAUGAAAUGCCUGAUGACGUGGGUCAGGAGCGACUGGACCUGCUCUGUAUAAAAGCAAAGAGAAGGGUAGCGAGUGCCGAGCCUCGCUUUCCUGCAGCGUUUCAAACAACACUUCAGGGCUGCACCAACCACCAGCCCCGGGUUACUUUAUUGAUUUAGAUUUCUAUACAAAUAGAAACACGUGUACAAGUGGAUAGCAUAGCUUAAAUAGAAAAAGUACGGUAGGAUGAGUAUUAAUGUGACAUUUCUGAGCUCUAAAGGGUUCCGCUUUUCGGUUUGGGGCAGUCCCGUCCCAAACACAACAGAAGAGGUGUGUUUGUUUGUUUUUUCCUGUAUGGUAAUAAUGAUAAUUAUUAUAAUCCUAAUAAUAUAUUAUAUUACAUUAUUACUGUAAGCAUAGAGCAUAUCUUAGUAUACAGCACUGUAUAAAGGAAAGAAGAAUAUAUUUGAAAAAUAAAGUCUUCUGUUGCUUCUAGGACUUGUGUUCUACACGGUACAAUACUGGCACUGUUGUGUCAAAGGUUUUUAAAGAAGUUUUUAAGUAAAAAUGUAGAGUUUCA